ACACUCACACAAACACACACACACACACACACGGAAGGGGACGGAGUCUCUACUGGCAUAAGCAGGUAACCCCUGCAAGCUUCCUUCAGGAGCCAAACUCCAACACAACAGCAGACGUUCCUUCUAACUUGUCCGAGUUGAGACAGUCGAAUGUCUCCCCCUGCUGGGCACUGCGAGAACACCAGCCUCCCAAGCAAGCAUGAACCUCUCCAAAGGGCCUCUGAGGGCCCCGCCCCCUGUCCUCUUUCCCUUCUUGAGCAGCCUCCACCAGCACCUGGAAACCCUCAGGUGUCCUAUGGAGGUCCUGGGCCAUCCCACGGACGCCGCCUUUGUCCAGACGCGCAACAAGCGUGAGCGGAUGAGGGUGAAGUGUGUGAAUGCAGGCUAUGCCAGGCUGAGGCAGCACCUGCCAGGCUGCAGCACCAUCAGGAGGCUCAGCAAAGUGGAGACGCUGCGAGCUGCCAUCAGCUACAUCAAGUACCUGCGAGACCUGCUGGUGGCGCUAGAGGAUGGGUCCACAGGGACGCAUGGACUUUCACCUGCCAAGCGUUGCCUAAAUAAAUGAGACAAACAGCCGGGAGGCAGUCAUUAGGAGAACAUGGCCUGCAGUAGUUUUACCUGCAUCACCGUCUGCUGAGCUCCUGCUGAGGAGCGACAUCACAAAAUAACUAAAGCUUCAGGCUGUCGUGUAAUAUUUAUUUUAUCAGCAAAACAUCACACACAGGAAGA